GGCAGAGAGGGGUGGAGGACACUGAGUGGAGGCAAGUGGAGGGAUUGGCAGAGGGGGGUGGAGGACACUGAGUGGAGGGAUUGGCAGAGAGGGGUGGAGGACACUGAGUGGAGAGAGGGGUGGAGGACAAUGAAUGGAGGCCAGUAGAGGGAUUGGCAGAGGGGGGUGGAGGACACUGAAUGGAGACCAGUGGAGGGAUUAGCAGAGGGGGGGUGGAGGACACUGAGUGGAGACCAGUGGAGGGAUUAGCAGAGAGGGGUGGAGGACACUGAAUGAGCCUGGCAGCAGUGUUCAUGAUGGACUGGAGGGGGUGUGUGGCCUAUGUAAAGGUCAU